GCAACUCGACUCCCAAAAUUAACUGGAAGACCGUUCCCUUUGAAUGGAGAGUGAGUUGCAGAGGACUACACCGGCAAUAUGAGAGCCCUACGUUUGGUCCUGCUGAGUGCCUUCUUGCCCCUGCUCUGUCUGCCCAGCCCCAGCCAUGGAGCAUCCUACUUUGGGGACAGUUUCUGCAAGAUAACGUCAAUCCAAGAUGUCUCCUCCUUUCACCUGUCGCUGCAGUUCAAGACCAGCCGACGAAGUGGACUCCUCCUCCUGGCUGCAGGGAUGCAGGACUACCUAUUUCUGGAACUCCAAAAUGGGAAAUUACAGGUGCGAAUGAACCUUGGGGCCGGUGAGAUGGUGCUGUCAUCAUCUCUGGGGCUGCAGCUGAACAACCUCCUGGAGCAUAAGGUGUCUAUCACGAUGCAGGAGGCCAAACUGACCAUGCUGAUCGAUGACCUCUUUUCCACUUUCAUCUCUGUGCCUGAAACCCAGGAGGACCUCAACAUUGACAUGGGGGUUUACAUGGGGGGCACCGGAGACUUAGACGCCCCAUAUCUCAGCAAUGCCAUACCUCCAUUCCGCGGUUGCAUGACCAAUGUCAAGUUGGAGUCCCAUCAGUUUGAUAUUUUCGACUCUGAGCCCAUUGACUGCCAUGAUACAAAGGAGUCCUGUAGCAGUGAGUUUGAGGUUGGUGAUGGAGAGGCGACCAGCUUUAUCAGCCCAGACUCAUUUGUGUCCUUCCCUACUUGGAGCGGGGCUAGUGGUAGUGAAAGGACCUUGGAGUUUCUCAUGAAGACCACCAUUGAGGAUGCCCUACUCACCUUCCACCCUGGACGAGAGUCAGACUUUAUAGCUGUUGGCGUUGUGGGCGGUUACCUAAAAGGUGUGGUGGACCUUGGGAGUGGGAUGGUGGUACUGGACAACCCCAGAGUACAGCUAGAUGAUGAUCAGUGGCAUAGGAUCAGAGUCACUGUAGAUGCGAGUGUGUUUGAGAUUAAUGUGGACAGCCAGCCUGCCUCUCUCCCUCUGAGGGGCUCAGAGCGAUUGGAUCUAGCUGGCAAUCUGUAUAUGGGGGGGAUCCAGGGCAAGAUGAAGGAUGUGUUUCGUGAUAGUAGCUUGUCUCGUAUGGAGGAGGAAAUAACAUCUGAGUCUUUUAUCGGAUGCAUGGGAGAAAUCAAAGUGAACCAGAAGGACAGAAGCCUGCAGGACGCGUUGGUCACCAAAGACGUCCAUGUGAAAUGCGAGGGAGAGGACUAUGACUACUCAAGUUACUAUGAUCUUGAGGCAACCACAACUACGGCUCCUGUUCGGAUCCGAUAUGUCGACGCUGACCCUAAUGAAAGACAUUGCUACCCAACUGACGACACACCAGAGGCCUUCCGGAACAUUACAAAACUUAUUGAAGUCAACCCUUUGCUUGUACCCGAGGGUGGGGAAGCUUUUCUCGAUAUUAACAACCUUAGCCCUACAUUUGACCUAAACACUGUGGGAAUCCGCCAAUCCCAGAUCAUCUUCACUCAACAAAGUGACCCUUGGUACGGACUCGUAGAUAUGAACAUCAAUACCAGACGUACCAAAAAGUUUACACUCCUGGAUGUGGUCAACAAGAAAAUCAAGUAUCUCCACGACGGCAAUGAAAAGUAUGGCGAUCAGAUCCAGUUGGAGGUGGUUGCCCAUAGUAACAGUUACCUUCCAGGAUGUCUUAAAAAUCCUCACCAGUACAUUCUCCCAGUGGAGAUCAUACCUGUCAAUGACACACCACAACUAAGCGGAGGAGACAUUUCCAUCACAGAAAAUGGUCGCACUCGCUUAAAUCCCAACCUUAUCAAGAUUGUGGAUUCGGACACUCGCUGUGAUGAAUUGAUUGUCACCGUGACCUCAGAACCUCCCAGAGGGGUUGGCUACUUAGAAAAUGCUCAGCAACCAGGAAGAAGUAUCAAAGAGUUCACAUGCAGGCAGUUGAAAGACGGCAAUAUAUAUUUUGUCCACAGAACUGGGAGCGGUGGGAUAACUCUACAGGUAUCUGACGGACAAUCCAUAAGUCAUUCAACCACUUUUAAACUGUCCAUUACACAGCCCCAAAUGAGCCUUGUGACCAAUACCGGCCUUCUGUUGUCUCAGGGAAGCAACUCUUCCAUUGGGAUCCAGAACCUGGCCGUCAUUGCCACCCCUCGUAAUGGAGAUAUUGUGUUUAAUGUCACACAGGCUCUGAGAUAUGGUGAAUUGCAUGUUCUUUCUAGCAAUGGUUUGCCCAAACAGGUGACAUCUUUUCACCAGUCAGAUUUGGAGCAAGAUCGCUUGAGAUAUGUUAGCACAGACUCAAGUGACCUGGAGGACAUUGUGUCAGAUCAUUUUCAAUUUGAUGUCCAUCUUGGACAGUUUUCCCUAUGGAACAAUACUUUUUUGAUCAAGAUCACACCCUCCCAGGUUAAAAUGGCCCAAGUAGUUCCCCUUGAGAUUGAAGGCAAGGUAGAGCAAAAGGCAAUAAAACACACUGAACUUGAAGCAGAAGUGAAGGGAAAAAGUGUAGCCCCAGAAACUAUAAGAUACAUCCUUCUGAAGGCCCCCACACUGGGUACUCUUCAGAUGAUCGGCAGGAAGCUAGUUGAGGGAGACAGUUUCACCCAACAGGACCUCUGGAAUGCCCAGGUCAGCUAUAGAGUCCAGGUGCAAAGGGCGGUGGCUAAUGAGGACCAGUUCCAGUUCAGAGUCUUUGCAGAGAAUCAGUACUCCCCUAUGUAUACCUACCCAAUCAAGAUCCAGGCUGAUUCAGACGCCCCUGUUUUGACAAAUGAGAGACUCGUUGUCUUAGAGGGUGGGGAGAAUAUUCUGAACAAAGACUAUCUAUGGGUUCAGACAUCCACCUCGACAAACUUUGUUUACAGGGUGACGCAAGACCCCAAGUAUGGCCGUCUCAUCAGGGAGUCCCCAUCUGGACAGCCCAGGUUCGACGGGGCCAUUAGAAUGUUCAGCAAUGAGGAUCUGAAUCUAGAUAGGCUGAUCUACCAACAUGAUGGCUCAGAGUCUAAUGAUGAUGAGUUCUAUUUCCUGGUAUUCGAGCAAGCAGCAGGAAGUGAAAACAUCAGAAUCGAUGGUCAAGAGUCUAUGAGCAGCAUGUUUAGAAUAUCUAUUCAGUCCAAGAACGACCACGUGCCUCUUAGAGUGGUUGAUAAAACCUUCAAUGUGGUGCGAAACGGACAACGUUUGCUGACCACAGAAGAUAUCCUCUUCAGGGACGAUGACUCAGGGUUCAAUGAUACCCAGUUGGUCUUUGUUCGCACAGGCAUUCUCUCAGGAAAUAUUGUCUCCCCAUCAGACCCCUCGCAGCCCCUCUUUCGUUUCACUCAAGCGGACAUGAAAGACCAGAAUGUUCUAUUUGUGCACCAUGGGGCAGACCGUGAGCGCUUCCAGCUCCAGGUUUCUGAUGGCCUGCAUAAGACCACAGCCCUGCUGCAGAUCCAGGCUGGUGAGGCCUACCUCCAUGUGGUGAACAACACUAUGGUUGUCAUGGACCAUGGAAGCACAAAGACGCUCAACACCAGUCUGUUGAGUGCAGAGUCCAACAUGGACAUAAGAGACGCCAGUGACAUUAGGUACCAAGUGACAUCACCCCCUAGUGAUGGGAAGAUCAUCGUGAGUGGGAUUGAGGCCUCUUGGUUCACACAGGAGGAUCUGAAAAAGGGUGUGGUGUCCUACGAGCAUAACGACCAGAGUCUGAGCUCCAAGGACUCAUUUGGCUUCACUGUGGAAGCGAAAGGAUUUUCUGAGGAGGGCACAUUCAGAAUAAAGAUCUUCAAGCAAGGCUAUUUGUCAGAGCCUGAGGUCAUCACCAAUGAGGUCAUCAUCUCCUAUGAGGGAGAGCACACCGUGAUCAACCAGGAUCAUCUUAAGGUGGAACAAGCAGACAUCCUGCCCUCUGAGAUGGUGUUCACAAUCAAGGAGCCUCCUCGUCUGGGCCACGUGGUCAUGCUGACCAACCACUCGGACAGUACGGCUGCGCCCAUCCUGGACUACAUCCACUCUUUCACCCAGGAGGAUGUCAACAGGGGCCGCAUCCUCUAUGUCUCUGCCUCCAUCCAGGGCAGUGACGCCUUCGCGGCUGACGUCAGCAACGGGUUCACCACCGUGGAUGACCUCCGGAUGAUGGUGGACAUUGUGCCUCGCCUCAUCCCCAUCCAGGCCCACAACUUCAGUGUGAGGGAGGGCGGCGGGAUGGCCCUUACCACUGAGCUCCUGAAUAUCUCUCACCCUUUCUACAGUGCGGUCAACGUGGACUUCGUCGUAGAGGAGCCACCGCAGCAUGGGGAUAUCCGCUACUUGGAUGGUGACGAACAAGAGCUCACCUUCUUUACCUGGGAGGAGGUGAAACUUGGACACAUCUACUACUUACAUGACAGCACGGAAAGCGGCGAGGACAGUUUCACGCUCUCUGCCUCGGCCUAUGAGAUAGAGCGCCGCAGCCUCCCCGUUACCUUCACUGUCACCGUCUUCCCGGUCAACGAUGAGGCACCUAAACUGACACGCAACACGGGACUGGAGGUUUUAGCUGGAGAGGAAUCAGACAUCACCACCAGCAUGUUGAAUACAGAAGAUGCAGACACCCCCAUCAAUGAGUUGGUUUAUUCCAUCGAGUCAACCAUCAAUGGGUUGGUGGCUCUAAAGGUGGAACCUGACGAAGAAAUCCAGAACUUCACACAGGCACAAAUUAACAAUGGGGAAGUCAUCUUUAUCCAUGAAGGUCUGGAGUCUGGAGGCUUCAGUUUUACCGUAACAGACGGAGAGCACACCUCUCCUCUCUACCGCUUUGUCGUUACGGCUAGACAGCUCACCAUCACCAUGGAAACCGGGGAGGAGCUAAUGAUCUUUCCAGGAACAAGACAUGCCAUCACCAGUGCCAUUUUGAAGGCAGUGACCAAUGAGGAUGGAGAUGAGAUAAGCUUCUCAUUGGUCAGGCCUCCUCGCCUGGGAAGACUGAUCUUAGCCAACGACAGGAACCAGUUUGAAGAGAUCACACGCUUCUCUCAAUCAGAGCUGGAGUCCGGGGCCAUCUUCUACGAGCACCAGAUGCCUGAGGAGCCCUUCUGGGUGGUCCGGGACUCUGUGGAGCUCCUGCUCUCCUCCCCUCCGGCCCCAGCUGUGCAUCACGUCCUCCCCAUCACCGUGUCCUACUACGCAGCCAGCCACAACGUCUCCUCACAGCUCUGGAAGAACAAAGGUCUGGACAUAGUGCAAGGUCAGAGGAAGGUGAUUGACAGAUCCAUCCUGGACGCCUCCAACCUGCUGGCCAGCCUCCCCGAGGCGGAGCGAGGUCUCUUGGACGUGGUCUUUGAGGUGCGCCGCUUCCCGGCCCAUGGGAGAGUCACCCUGGGGGGCCUGGAUCUGCCCCAGGGUGCCCCUUACUUCAUGCAGGAGGACGUGGCGCAGGGCGAGCUGGAAUACCUCCACGAUGACUCUGGAGCCUCCGUGGACAGCUUCUCCUUCCGAGCCCGGCUCAACGCCCAGGGCCGCGGCACCCUUCCCCCCUCCCCAGCCCAGGCAGUGGUCCUGGAGGAGGUCUUCAACAUCUCGAUCCGGAGAAGGGACUCUAGUCCUCCAGAGCUGGUGAGCUUGGAUGUUCUUCUGGAGGUUCUCCAGGGCUCCAUGACAGUGAUCACCCAGAAGUACCUCAACACCCGUGACGAGGACAGCACGCCCGACGAGGUGCGCUUCACAGUCUCCAAGGCGCCCACCAACGGGCGGCUGGUGGAUGCCACCAAGGGCGACCACAUCUCCACGUUCACCCAGGAGGCGGUCAACCAGGGCCAGGUGGGCUUUGUCAGUGACGGAAGCCUGUCGGACGGCUUCAUGGAGUUCACUGUGUCGGACGGAAAGCACCACACCGAGCCGCACACUCUCCAUGUAGGAGUCCUGGCCCGGACGCUGGUGCUGGCCAAAGCCCCAGAGAUCCAGGUGCUGCAGGGGGACGACGAGACCCUAGUGACAGAGGAGAUGUUGAGGGCCACCACAGGUGGCCCCAAUGAGGAGGAAGUCCUCUACAAGAUCACCAGUGUGCCCAAGUAUGCUGCCGUCAUGGUGGACCGGCAGCCCACAUCGGCCUUCACUCAGACCCAGAUAAGGGAGGGCCGGGUGAGCGUUCGCUUCAUCAAGUCCACCUCGCCCCGGGACAGCGUGGCCUUUGUGGCCCGGAGCCGGGCAGCCAACGUCUCCUCUGUCCUCAACAUCACGGUCAAGCCUCUGGCCAACAUCCCCCAGGACCUCCUGCUGCCACGGGGUACCACUGUGCUGCUGGACAAGAAGCUGCUGGAUGCCACUCCACUGGCCAACAAGACCCGGACAUCACCCACCUUCAGCGUCAUCCAGCAGCCGCAAGGCGCCCGCUUCGUGAGGGCUGGCGGGAGAGGGCCAGAGGGAGACGGCCAGCCCGUGGACACGUUCACCCAGAAAGAACUGGAUGAGGGACGUGUAGCCAUGGAGAUCCUGAAUGGAACAGGAGGCAGCCAAGCCCAGGACGUGGCUCGCUUCCUGCUCAAGGCCCACGGGGUCCCUCCCGCUGAGUGCGUUCUCUCCUUCAAGACUACCCCUUACAACACCUCAGGGGUCUACCCGGCCACUCUCCUUAAGGUCCCUGGCGGGUAUGCAUGGUCCAAUAGCAAUGACCUCCCUGAAGGGGCAGGGUCCCCACGCAUCACCCCAGCCAGCCCCCGCUGGAGGGGCAACAUGGACUGGCCUCAUGGAGGAGAUGCCCCCACCACUGCGUACACUGACAAAGACUCCCAUAGGAAACCAAUGGUGUCCAGGAGGAACAACCUGUGGUCCAUCCUCAUCCCCAUUCUGAUCCUCCUGCUCCUCCUCCUGCUGGUGGCCAUCUUGGCUUUCUACUUGGUGCGUCGCAACAAGACGGGCAAACACAAUGUGCAGACGGUGGCUGGCUCCAAGCCCAAAAACGGAGACAUCAGCCAGGAGACCUUCCGGAAAACCGACCCGGCCAAUAACAUCCCCAUGUCCCAAAUGGACUCCAAAGACGCCGACCCGGAAUUGCUGCAGCACUGUCGGACAACGAACCCGGAGUUAAAAAAGAACCAGUACUGGGUAUGAGAGUUGACUAAAUGCUUAGACAUAGGACACAGAGAGGAAGAUCCUCUACCAUUUUGAAUGCGGCCUUCUUGAAUCAUUCCUUUUCAGUGUUAAAGACCUUUUUGCCAUGAUAGUAUUAAGAAAUGUGUAUGUUUUGAUAUCAUUGGACAUUUCACUAUCACAUACUAACAUUGUGCCAAUUCUCAGGUCAAGAAACACUGAAUAGUUCCAUUGGUAAAAAUGUCACCAUUAAACUUAUGAGGGUUUUGCCUAACACGUAUAUUUAUUUUUAGGACAACUGCUGGACAUCUAUGAUGUACUUUUUCACAGGGCACAAAUUAGGACAUAUUGAGCUUGCUAAAACUUUGUGUGCUCCUACAAUAUAUUCAGUAUGCUAUUAUAGGACAAUAUUACUAAUUUGACUACAUAAACAGAUUUAUUUGAAGUUUUGGUAAUAGUUUUAUUGUAGUUUCGCUUUAACAGUAAAGGUGGACAAGUGUGUACAUAAUUCAACUCAAUAAGGUAGAUUUAUGCUGUAUGAAGGAAAAGGAAAAACUGUUUCGGUUUUGAUUAUUAUUCUAUAAAUGUAUUAUUGAUCAUGUAUAUAUUUUUUUGCUUUGUUGUUAGGCCCCAAUUCAAUCUAACUUCUGUUACAGUAUUUACAAAGCCACAUAUGACAUUUGUCCUGUUGUAGAAUAAAAUCUGAGGGGUUAUGGGAA